GAAUAGUAUAUUCAUUUUAAAGGAGCUAAAUGAUCAUUUAUGGAAGUGUAAGAUAUUUUUAUAACUCUUAAUGUAAUGUGAGCGUUCACAAUUUUUUAAAAAGCUUGAAAUAAGUUCACGACCAUGGUAGAAAUUUCAUUAUUAGUUCAUUCUUUUAAGUAAAUUAUUAUGGUACCUCUUAAAGUAACAUAGUAAAUUUACCCGGAAAAAUAUAAAACUCUAACUUAAGAUUAGAUAAAAUUUAUAAUAAAGUGAUUUUAUAACUCUAUAUUAAAAAAGUAUGAAUGGUCACAAUAAAAUCAUUUCCACUUCAAGCAAUUAAACAUAUUCCAAUAUAUAAGUAAUAAAUUGCAAAGAGAUACUCAACAAAAGUUAAUGUGAGAGAUUUAUAAUGAUAGUAUAUGUGAUUUAUAGACCAUGUCAUUAGGUAAUUGUCAGAUGAAAUUAUGACUUAUUUUUUACUAUUUAACACGUUGAGACCAGAUUGAAAUUGUUGGUCGUAUUUGUAAUGCAGUAUAGCAAAAGUUUCUUUUAAAGAAUUAACUUUUUAGGAUAGGAAUUUCACUAACUAUAUUACAGAUCCAUCAAAAUAGGACAAUUUAAAUUGAUUUUACAAAAUAAGGAAAUAGAAGAAUUGUGAUAGCAGAAAAUAAAAAAUUGUUACUAUUAUGGAUAUUCAAGAUAGAGAAAAUAUAAAAGUAAAAAGAUUACGAAAGGAUAAUGAUGAAGCAAAAAGUAAAUUUGCACAAAGUAUAGCAACUAAGUAUCAUCUUCAAGAAUUUAAAAGUUUUUUAUAUACAUUAGAAGGAAGCCAUAUGUUUAAUGUUCUGUAUAAAAAUCAAGUUCAUCGUAAUAUGUCUAGUAUUUUAUGUGGAGCAGGAAUUAAAGCUGAAAAAGCUUUUAAAGAUCUUUAUAAUCUUUGGUUUGAUAGUGAAGGAAAUCCAACAAUAUAUUUACAAAAUUUAGAAAAACAUGGGGCAAAACUACGUAAUAUGUCUAGUAUUUUAAAUGGAACAGGCACUAAAGCUGAACAAGCUUUUGAGGAUCUUUAUGAUCUUUGGUUUGAUAAUAAAGGAAAUCCAACAAAAUAUUUAAAAACUCUGGAAGAACACGGAGUAAAUUUAUGUAAUAUAUCUAGUAUUUUACAUGGCACAGGCACAAAAGCUAAACAAGCUUUUGAGGAUCUUUACAAUCUUUGGUUUGAUAAUGAAGGAAAUCCAACAAAAUAUUUAAAAACUUUAGAAAAAAAUGGUAUUAAUCUAUCUAAUAUAUCUAGUAUUUUAAGUGGAACGGGAGUGAAAUCCAAACAAGCUUUUGAGGAUCUUUAUAAUCUUUGGUUUGACAAUGAAGGGAAUCCAACAAAAUAUUUACAAAAUUUAGAAAAAAAUGGGGUAAAUUUAUCUAAUAUAUCUGGUAUUUUAAGCAAAUCAAAAGCUAAAGCUAAGCAAUCUUUUGAGGAUUUGUAUAAUCUUUGGUUUGAUAAUGAAGGAAAUCCAACAAAAUAUUUACAGACUUUAGAAAAGAAUGGAGUUUACAUUUCUAAUAUAUCUGGUAUUUUAAAUGGAGCAGGACCGAAAGCUAAACAAGCUUUCGAGGAUCUUUAUAAUCUUUGGUUUGACAAUGAAGGAAAUCCAACAAUAUGUCUACAAACUCUAGAAGAAAACGGAGUAGAUCUAGCUAAUGUAUCUAGCAUUUUAAGUGGAACGGGAGCUAAAGCAACACAAGCUUUUGAAGAUCUUUAUAAUCUUUGGUUUGACAAUGAAGGAAAUCCAACAAAAUAUUUAAAAACUCUAGAAGAAAACGGUGUAAAUUUAUCUAAUAUAUCUAGUAUUUUACAUGGAACAGGAACAAAAGCCAAACAAGAUUUUGUGGAUCUCUAUAAUCUUUUAUUUGACAAUGAAGGGAAUCCAACAAAGUAUCUACAAACGUUAGAAAAAAAUGGUAUAACUAUAUCUAAUAUAUCUAGUAUUUUACAUGGGACAGGUGGUAAAACUAAACAAACUUUUGAGGAUCUUUAUAAUCUAUUGUUUGAUAAUGAAGGAAAUCCAACAAAAUAUAUAGAGGAUUUUACUAAUGUGGGUUUUAAGAUAAGUAAUGUGUCCGGUAGUUUAAGUGGAGCAGGAGUUAAAGCUUAUUCUGCUUUGAAAGAUUUUCAUAAAGUUUGCUUUCAUAAGAAUGGAAACAAAACAAAAUAUUUAGAGGAUUUCAUUAACGCAGGUUUUAAAAUGCGUCAUUUAUCUUGCAUACUUUGUGCAUCAGGAACUAACUCUGCAUUUAUUUUAAAAAAAUUUCAUAAUAUUUGUUUUGAUAAUGCAGGAAAUCCAACAAAAUAUUUAAGUGAUUUUUUUAAACCAGAAGUAAAUUUUAGACCACGUGAUUUCUGCGGCAUCCUGAGUCAAGGAGCAGAUAAUUUAGUAGAAUUUCAUGAUAUUUGUUUUGAUAAUGAAGGAAAUCCAACAAAAUAUUUAAGUGAUUUCAUUAAUAUAAGAUUUACACCAAAUCUUUUAUCUAGGGUGUUACAUGGAGCUGGAGCUAAUAUAUGUUUUGCUUUAAAAGAUUUUCAUAAAGUUUGCUUUAAUGAAGAUGGAAGCAUAACAGAAUGUUUAAAUGAUUUUAUUGAAGCAAAGUUCACGUUUUAUAAUCUAAGCAAAAUAUUGUCUCUGUCAGGAACUAACGCUGCUUCUAUAUUAAGUAAUUUUCAUAAACUAUGUUUCCAUGAAAGAAAAGAGUAUUUAAGUCAUUUCUUAGCCGAAAAAGAACUUUUUGAUCUAAAUAAGUUAUCUAAUAAAUUAUUAAUUGGAGCAGGAACCAAGACUUGUUCCACUUUCAAAAAAUUACAUGAUAUUUGUUUUGAUAAUAAAGGAAAUCUAACAGAAUAUUUAAAUACUCUUAUCACAGAAUAUGAAAUCAAAAAGAUAUUAGAUUUAUUAUAUAAGGAAACUAGAAACACUUCUAUUUUUUUAAAUGCUUAAUAGCGAGAUAUCGGUUGAGUAAUUUGUCAAGAAGUCAAGAGCAUGGUUUUAGAAUCUAUUGAUUAUAAUAUUCAAUUAAUGAUGGAAACAGAGUUAAAAAUUGAUGGAAUUCUUGAUACAGUAAGUGUUCAAAGGAAGCGACAUGUGAUAACAAUCAAUAUUUAAGUAUUUUCCUCAUGAAAGAAACUAGUGAUGAUCAUGCUGUUUUCUUUUUUAAAAAGCAUGAUAUUGUAAAAUCAGAAUUUAUUUAUAGUCUAGAAGUAAUAAGAAAGAAUCUUACAAAUUCAGAAAUUAGAUCUGUAAAUAUUAUUUAUUUCGACUUGUAAUAAAUUGAUACUGGAACAUGUGCAGAUAUAUCGUUAAUUCUAAUAUUAAGAAUAUUUUAGAUAAAAUAUAUAUUUUUA